GUCUGGGUGCUCACGCAUAGCAGACGCUGUAAUUUGUCCUUGAACGACUCCAAUCGAGCGUAUCUAGCUCGAACAUUCAGUGGGUCCCCAAACGCAUAUAUCCGUGAACAGGUCUCUAGUAACAAUGGGGGUCUGCCCUUUUGAAGUCACAGUCGUACUUUUCCAACGUCAAGUGGAUGCUAAAAAAUAUGGUCGGCCAUCGGUACAAAGGUGAAUAAUAAUUCACGGUGUUGAAAGUCCCACGCAGGUAGAUAACAACGCAAGAACUAUUACAUUCUAAAUGAAAAUACCACCCUAUCUAAAAUUGUUGGGACAAAAAACCAAUUUUGAACGAAUUGGAGGUGAAAUCGAAAGCCAAGAAAAAAGGUACUUCAUUGUAUUUUCCGCAAACUUUGGCCGCCCAUACAAGUUGAAGACAAAAUGAGGGUGGUCAACAGUUCGAAGCCUCAGAAGUGUAUAUCAUACCUACCGUAGCUGCCCAACAGACAAAACAGGAUGCAGCCAAUAUCCUGUUUGUUUGUUUGUUUGUUUGUUUUUAGAAUGUGAGGAUUCUCUCCUCGUUUUCGAAUUCCAUGCUUUGUUAGCGUCUGACCACUCAGUCUAAUCUGUUAAUAUACCCUCCGAACCACCAAUGAAAAAUACAUCUCUGUACACAUUUACAUAGGAUAUAGCUAGGAGCCGAAUUUUAUUUGAGUGUAGGCCUACACAUCAGGACAAGCACAAACAUUUCCAGCGAUAAUGAUCAACCGUUGUGAUUGAACUUUUAUCCAAGCCCGUCUCGUUUCGUAGUGAAAUAAAUGGCUACUGGACUAAAAACCAGAAAAAAAACUCAAUGAGCAAAAGACUCUGGAAAACAUUUAUGGCUUCUGGCAUUCCACUGAAAAUAAAAUCAUGAACUGACGUAACAAAUUAACCUAGACUGCGCGGAGUCGGAAGCUAGAAUGCCUGACCUGACUCCUUUCACAUCAAACUUGCCUUCCUAUGCUAAUUCACCACACCCACUAUAUAGUUACGCAACAUUUCAUUAAACACGUAGACAACGUUUGCUUGCUGAAACAAUCGUAUUAAACACACAGGCAAAGAAAAAUCCUAAGUACUGGUUCUGAUGGGAUCUUAAUUUAUCACGGAACAGCAGAGCUAGAGCAAAUGUAUAGAUCCGCGCCCCGGGGUAAAUUUGAAUUGACCCUGCAAUUUCCUUUCGGGCAACCCCUGUAUUUGCAAAACUCUGAGAUCUGAAGAGGUGAUGAACUCCCGUCAGGAGGGAUUAGAACAUCGGAUGUUCAUAUUGCUUAGGGUGGGGCCUUGGGAUUAGAUGCAAAUGUAUUGCCCAAUCAUUCGGGCUCGUCAAUGCUGUUCUUGCACUAGGCUUGAGACUCGGGCGCGAAAUCAGCGUUCAUAUGACCACUGCGAAAGGUAACCAAUGUCAUGUUAGGGUAAACUAAUUAAGGCCACAAAGACACCAUUGUGAUCGAGUCGAUUUGUGGUAGUAUUUUUGCCACAAGUAUCCAAUACUUUUAAUCAUCUGUAUGUAUUUUACCACCCUGGUUUUACAUUUGUUUCAGGCCAGUGUGUCACCACGAAAAGCCCUGUACUGCUAUUUAAUAUAGAUUUUCAAAAAGUGAAAUACACUUUUUUGAAGUUCACUUAUAUUAAGUACAUUUUUUUAAUAAUUGGCUUUUACAAAAUCUGUGUUUUUCCUAAACUUCGUUUGUACGAGAUAUAUUCUCCAGUUUGUUCUCAAGAGAUCUACUUUUUGAAGUAUUGUUUAUUCUUUUGAAAACAAGUUUUUACGAGAUACACUGUUUUCAAGUUAAUUUUCGAGGUGUGUAUUUUAAGGUUGAUUUUAUGUCACAUAAAAACGAACUUCAAAAAUGACUUGGAACAAGUUGGAAAAAUAUAUUUCGUAAAAUCAAUUUAGUUCCAAAAUUCAAAUAAAAAAUGUUUCGAAUAAAGAGCUUAUAAGAUCGCACUGGAACUAUAUCUCGUUCGCAUGAACUCUUAAAACUACAUUUACAUAUAUAUAUCGUAAAAAUGAAAGUUGGAAAAAAAUGUAUGUUUGUAUUUCUUUCUUGUCGUGUAGGUGAAAAUGCUGAUGUUUCAACGACAAACACUAUUUCAAGCUGUUUUUAUAUGACAGUUUUCUUAAUUGUAAUUUGAUGCAUAUUCCGCUGACCCAAAAAUGCCCCUAAACCUGUUUUAGAGAUGGAAAAAAAGCCUUAUGCAAACCUUGCCAGUCGUAAGAUUUACACCGCCUGCAUAAUGUGGAUCAGUUUACUCUGGGGUCCACAUAAAACCGGCAAGUUUGUACCAGCGCCAGAAGUGGCGAUGACUGUGGAGAUCAAGCAUAAGAGCGUUUUUUGCGACUCACGCGGGUUGGUCUUCAGUGACAGCUUUAACUGCCACCGCGCUUUCUCCUCUAGAAUGCAGGUGUACCAUUUCUUUUUUUGGGGGGGGUUACAACAGAAAACAAGAACGAGUUAGCUGUCUCAGAGACGUGCGUUUGAGCUAGAAUAAGUCAAGGAGAAUCACAAAAGACUAUGGAGAAAACUUACCUGACAAGUGUUUGCCAUUUUCCCAGUUGAUCAAAAUGCAUGCACUAACAGCACAUUGACAAUAAAUGCAUAUUUUAAUUCACUACUGAGUUGGCUUUCUCAUUUACCAACGACUCAAAUAACCUUUUGUUUCAUUAAAAAAGACAAAACAAGCCUAAAACGUGUACACCUGGCCACGUCCUAUUGUCGCCCAUCGAUCGGCCAUUGAAUUUCGCCAGCAUUUCCGCUGUUGACAAAACCAAGGCUGACGAGCUGAGACAAAGGACAUCGUUAUCUGUUACACUUUUGAAUCAAUACGUGUUGUCUAGAACGUGACCACGUUUUGUCAUUAAGGUAACGUAGUUUCUGUCCUAUGGGAAAACGGGGAAAAAGCCUCUCAGAUAAUGUCUCGGCGCUGUGGGCUCAAGUAGUCAAGCGUACUAUGACUUCAGAUAGGCCUGUGCGACCAAGCCUUUAAUAUCAGUUCUGGUAACGUUAACUGCGUAAUUGUCUUGUACUCUGCACUUCUAGUCUAAUGAGCUAUGAUGGUUCUAAGUGAGGGUGUUCUACAACUCAUGCUUCUUCAGGUUAUUUUAAGUUUGGUGACUGUUUGCAUGGCAUCCGGAGUGAUUUGUUCUGAAAACCCGCUCGGCAUGGAGUCCUCGGCGAUACCAGACGCCAUGGUGUCAGCCUCGACGUCGGACUCAUCGCACUCCGCCGCCAACGCCCGCCUGAACCACAACUCGGCCGGCUGGAAAUCGCGGUCAUACGACAAAGAUCCCUGGAUACAAGUCGCCUUCCAGGGAGCGGCUUUGCUGGGCAUGCUGAGCACGCAGGCUCCGGAUCAGCUGGACCCGCCCCCUGAAGGGACGCUGUUUGAGAUGCAGCUUCUUGCUAAAGGGGACGCUGGUGAAUGGAUAAGAUACCCUCUGGUGUUGUCAGCUAAUUACGAAGCAGGAGGUGAAAUCGUUGACUUUACUUUUGAGCGGUCACUCCGGGUGACAGUCUUGCGCCUGUACAUCGUUACAACCCCCCUCAUCGGCUUGCGGAUGGAGCUCUAUGGAUGCUACGAAAAUCCGGACACGGAAUGCGCUGUCGAUGCAGAUUGUGAUGCGGCAAGUACGUGCAUUGAUACCUACUGCGCCUGCGCAUUGUCUGUGUCGAGUCUUCUGUUCGGCUCAUCACCUACGUGCUCGGAAUGUUGGUCACCGCUUGGUCUGGAGUCUGGCAAAAUCAUUGACAGUCAGAUCUCCGCCUCCACUUCCCGGUCAACUGGUCCACAUACAAACGCACGGAUUGGUAACCCAGGCGCUUGGUCACCUGAAGACAGUGACACCUCCCCGUGGUUAAUGGUCCAGUUUAACGAGACCACGAGGGUCACAGGCAUGCGCACAAAGGGGGAGGUCAUCUACAUUCUGGGCUUUCCAAACCGGGAUUUCGUCAGAAAAGCUAAAAUUGAAUAUGGCAUCAUGGGUAACAACUACCCGAUUGAGGAGAACGGAGAGCCAAAGAUUUUCACAUUGAAUAACGACGAAAAUGAAGUCGUCACAAAUAUCUUCCCCUGUCCCGUCGAGACGGACUUCAUAAAGCUCACUGUCGUGUCUCCUGAAGCGUCGAAAGUAGGAUUGCGCCUGGAACUACUCGGCUGUGAUUUACAGACCACGACGUCUCCAGGUACCUGCACAGUGGAUGCCGAUUGUCAGCAAGGUCCUAUGCACAACUGCGUUCAGCAGAGAUGUCUAUUGGUGAUCCCCACCACUGAAAGUUGGUCAACAUUGGAGACAACCUCUGUCCGACAGACGACCGAAAUAGUUCCAACGACCGAACAAGCCACGACGGACGCACCAACGACAAUGAUGGCGCAGACAACUACAGAACCGGUGACAACCGGAAAAAUCGUGAGCCCGUCUGAACCAACGACUGAGGCGUCGACUACCACGGACGCAGAGACAACUGUCGAACCAACAACAAUUUCACUACCCACUGAUGUAACCUCCACAGAAGCUGCCGAGCCUUCCACAGCUCAGCCGACCAGUUUGGCGUCGACAACAAGGACAGAUGUCUUGUCAACGGCUCGUUACACCACCUUCUUGAUGACUUCCGUGGACAGCAGCAACACGCCGGUGUGCUUGCCAGGUGAUGUUGUGACGGCCACGGGGCCUUCGGUAAACACGGAGGGUGUGUAUGACGAGACUGUCCCUUCACACUCCGAAGAGUUCCUGGACGCGUUAAGACGUGAAGCUGACAUAGAGGGACUCGGCGAACAGGAUACUGCCUCUUUAUGCAGUGCUCUUGCCGGGAGUGGUGGGGGCAUCUCGCAAGGGGUAACCCAUGUUGGGCUCAAAGUCCUCAUGCAAGUGACCGCCAACAAGACCAAGCCCAUACUGUCCCAAGACUUGGUCGCCUCCGUUCGCUUCCUGGACACCGUUGCCAAUUCAGACUGGGACUCGGCCGACGCCAACAAUUCCCGGGCUACAUUGGAGAAAAUGGUGAAUGUUGGAAGUAAUCUGUUGAACAGUGGCAACGAAAAACCCUGGAAGGACUCAGAAGUGAAACACACACUGUCGGGUCCAAUCCAAAUUGUCAACUCCUUAGAGAAGAUGGCUUUGAAAGUCGGGGCAAAACUUGAAAAGGAAUCGUCAGUUGAAGUGACCUCGGAAAAUAUCGACAUUGACCUCUACGGUGUAUCGUCUGACGACCUCCUCCUCUCUGGAUGGAAGUGGAACAGCUCCGACGCCAAGUUCAUGGCUGCAAUCACGGCCCAAGAGUUUCAAAUGAAGAACUUUUCCGCUUACGAGAGAGCUCUUUUGGUCGGUGGAGUGUUCAGAAACAUUGCCGCCCUGUCAUCGAGUGACAUACCCAGCAAUGACAUGGCCAUGUCUUCUGAAAAUGGACAGCGGCUUCAGAGUGACAUCGUAACUGUCAUGGCCUCCGGCAUGGACACAAUAUCAGUGUCAGUGUCGUACUCCACGCCGAAGAAUCUGGGAGAUGUAGUUAUCAAAGAACACGAGGUGCCAGAAUUUUCUUGCGCGUUUUGGGAGUUUAACGACAGCAGUUCAACUCCGGGAAGCGGUAGGUGGUCGGAUCUUGGCUGCUACGUCUUGAAAUCAGACGAGGAAAAUUCAGACGAUGAGGUGUCCUGUUUCUGCAAUCACACAACAAACUUUGCGGUCCUGAUGCAGGUGGUUGACAAACCCGUGCCUGCUGAGCCUGAUAUCCACUCUCAUGUUCUCCAGAUCCUGACCUAUACAUGCCUGACUCUCUCCAUCAUAUCUCUCCUCGUCUCCUUAGCGGUGUUCCUUUAUCUUGGGUCCUCGCUAGCGUCAGAGCGCUUGACGAUCCACAAGAACCUGAUGUUGGCAAUGCUACUGGCAACAGUUCUCUUCCUGCUGGGCGUGGCGUCAAACCUGGAUGUGAUUCCUUGCAAGAUAGUUGCCAUCCUUCUUCACUACCUGUUCUUGGCGGUGUUCUGCUGGACAUUGGUCGAGGGAAUUCACCUGUACAGACAGGUCAUAGCCGUGUUCGAGCAGGGAGGAAGCAAGUUGGCUCUCUAUUACGUCGCAGGAUGGGGUGUUCCCGCCGUGGUAGUUGGCAUUUCACUCGGCAUCAAGUACAACCUUUACGGAGCUGGACCACACUGCUGGUUGACUGCUAAAGAUGGAUUGAUCUGGGCUUUUGUCGGGCCAGUCAUCCUCAUUAUCACGGUGAAUAUGAUUGUUCUUAUCAUGGUAGUUGUGGUCGUCACUCGGGCUGCGGCCCUCAAGUGUCAAACCAACCUUGACCGUAUCAGGGCCGCCUGCAAGAGCGCGAUGAUGCUGGUACCUCUGCUCGGUAUCUCUUGGAUCAUUGGACUUUUCACUCAGUACAGCAUGGCCCUGGAAUAUGCGUUUGUCAUCUUGAACGGCUUGCAGGGUUUCUUCAUGUUCGUGUUUUACUGCCUACUGAGUUCAGAGGUUCGCACUGCGCUGCGCCACGAAAUGAAGAAAAGGGCUGACCGUAACAUGGACAGCAGUGGCAAUGUUGUGAAAACCAACAUUUGGACUUUGAGCAGCAACAAGACUGCCCACAUUCGGCUGGUGAAAGUCGCUCCCAGCGCCCAGAACUCGGACGAGGCUUAAAGUUUGACCUGAGUUUCCUUGCAGAUCACUAGGUCUACUUUUUAUCUUGGCGUUGGUGAUUACACAUUGAGCGUAAGCAAGGACGGUUACGGGAUGAAAAAAAAUCGUGGAGGUCAAUUUUUUUGGGCCAUAAAGAAAAGAGAUGAUAAUGACGUAACAUCAACGGUCUUACUCAGUUGUGUGGCGUUUUUAAAUGCUUUGGGGAGGAAAGGACUUGAAAUAACAUUUAAAAAUUCAUUUCGCUCAAUUCGGAUCAAAAGGCCUUUUUUUCUUGAAGAGGCACGACGUACGACACGUUAUCACGUUUGAUAAAUUUGACCUUCAAGUUGAAGAGACAAUAGAUGUUUGCUUAGAAAUGUAGGAAGUACAAAUUUACUUUGUAACAUUUAUAUUCAGGAGUCAAUUGUAGUGACAGGUUUUCCUGCGUUUACACCUCAAUUUUGAUGAGGAAAACCAUACCCUGAUGAUUUGGCAUUUAAUAGCUUCGGGUACAAUAUUGUGGAAAGUUAUAAUUUGUAUUUGUUAUAUCAUGAUUAUCACAGCUAUGUCUUGAAAAUCUGGAAAAGUUUGCUGUUUUCACAAAAAUUAAAUCUUUGAGAAAAUAUGCAAUAUAGUUACACCGUAUAUAAUAGGUUAUUGUGUGGUUUCACCGUUCAUGGUUUAGCCUCCAAGGUAUCGCUGUGUGGAAACAAAAAUAGUUUCAUAGAACAGACCAUUAGAAAUAUUUCAGUACUGAAAAUUCCUCCCUCGAGAUAAGUUUUAAAUUUUGUAUAUGACCGCGCAAAGUGUAGAAAUGCAAUUAUAAGCGUCAAUAUUCCUGUAGAUAUAAACAAAAAACUAGUUAACCUAGUCAUAUGCUUACAUUAGUUAAACACGUCAGUCACCCUCGCACGAUGGGCAAAUACAUUCAGAUAUAAAAACCGAGAGCCCACAUAGGAAUGCGUCUUGAAUUUUGUAGAUACCGCAUUUUUUUCAGGGAUGUUGUAAUAAAAAAAACGCCAAAAAAUGGAAUAAAGGGCCAACUCUAAAUGUUUUUAAGCCUUCAAGUUUGAUUCUUGAAGGCAGAAAGAAGAGCCGGACGACCCAAAGGAAAACAUUGAAACAAGGUCCAUCACCGUUUGCUGCGCCCACUAUUCAGCUGGGAUAAAUGCUUGCUAGCAACAGGGAAUUGAUAAUCACAUAAAAGGCUACCAGCGGAAUCAUAUAACUACAUGCACUUUAUACAUAAUGGUUAUCUCGUCUAUUUUGAGAUCGGAAUAUAGCUUAAGUCGGAAAUCAAAGUCCGCAUUUGAAUGCACCAUAACAAUAAUAUGUGUAAAGUGAACAAGGAAUGACACACAUACUGUGUGAAUUUCAAAUGACUUUAUACUCUGCAGAAGUUACGAUAAAAAUUAUUAAUUUAAUUUAACCUUUUUCUUGAAUUAAUUUGGUAUUAUUGUAAUGGGUUUUUAAAGAUGAUUAAGUUACAACUUUGAAAACGAACGUAGUAUAUGUCAUUCUGCGAAAUGGGUUUCGUAUACUCUCUUGCUUCUUAAUUCGACAUGGCCUGUGUAUACCACACGUGCCAACUCGCAGAUUUUCUGUAGAAGAAACCAUUUCGCCCGUUGAAUUUUAUUUCCACGCUAAGCUUUUACAGCUAAAUCUUCUCCUUUCAUAGGCCUGUCCUACUGAAUUAAAAGACCAAAAUGAACUGUUUAUAACAAACAAUUUUACAUAGUUUUGAGCAAAAGAAAACUUGGUUGUGUUCUCACUAGGAAACAUGCUAGAGCUAUACGACUCGAUGCAUCAAGGUCUGGAAGUGUCUGUGGUACAAUGCGGCAUCUGACAGUUGUCUGGAAAAACUACCGACUUGGAAAUGUAAUGAUAAGAAGCGAUGCCAUCCAUAUUUCACUGGUCUUUUUAAGGAUAACUCAUUUACUGUUACUUCAACUCGUAAUUCAUUGCAUGUACAUGGCUAUUUAACGUGGUGAAAUAGUUACUGCAUUAAAAAACAGUUCACAUCUCUCUCAA